AUGGGUUUCUGCAGACGCUGCGGCGAGAUCACGACAGGCGAACGGUGCAAGUGCGGCGGGACGAGCAAAGAGACGGUUACGAAGGCACUCUUUGGGAGCGCCACGAGUGACAGAUGGUCUCAGCGCUACGUCUCUCGUUCGCCUCCAAAGUCGCCGUCGCCCGCACCGCCAGAUGCCAAGACCUUCCCCACCGCGACGACACCACUCGGCACCCCUUCUCGCACGCUCGUCGCGCCUGCCCGUCCUCCCAGCCCGACUAAACUCGCUCAAUCCUUCCUUCAGCAAGACGACGGCGAGCUCUCGAGCGUCUUCGGCAGCGUAUUGAGCCCGAAGGACAAUUGGCAGUGUGCAGCGUGUACCAGCAAAUUCCGUCAGGAAGAGGUGAUCUACCCGCAUCCUGACGCCAAGGGCGACGCCUCGCUCGCCGAGGUCUUCUUCUGCCGCCAAUGUUUCGCCGAGCGAUUCCGCAAGGGCAACUGCAAGAAAUGCAAGUACGCCGUCCUCUCAGAUGCACCGUUCGUCAAGCAUGACGGCAACUUGUGGCACGAGGCUUGCUACACCUGCUCGUACUGCGAGGACCCCUCGACAUCGCCCGUCAUCGACUUUGCCGGCCUCCCCUCCUGCGAAGCCUGCUUCGACAGCGAGGCUUACAAGACGCGCGGCAUUCCUCCUUCGCCGCACCUUUCGCAGUCCGAAUGGGGCAAGAAGCCUGUCUCCGUCCUUCCGCCGCCAAGCAAAUGGGGCAGGCCGUCUCUUCCGUCCGCCUCGCUUGGCACGGCGAAGAAGUCGAACGUCUGGACCUCGAAGGCCGCGCCAGCGAGCUCCGCGUCUAUACCGAACGAUGAGAAGCCGAAGGCGUGGCGGGUGCGAGCAGAGCGGGACAAGUCGCCUAUCGCGCCUUCGCUUGACGAACUCGGCACGCGACUUCGACAAGCCGGCCUUGCCGAUCCACCCAGUCAAGCGUCGUUCCUCAAGCCUGGCGUGACGAGUACCGGCGCGUCGUCGAAGCCCGCGUCAACGGCCUCGAGCAAGUCUUCCCCCUUCGCCCGUCCGGCCUCGCCUGUCAAAACCUCGUCACGCCCCGCCUCGCCGAACAAGUCGGUCUUCGCGAGCGGCCUCACCAGCCCGCCGAAACCGACUAGUUCGCCAGCUCGACCCGCGCUCGCGCCUGUCCAGCCGACCGCCAAUCCUCCUCGCCCGCUUCCCUCGCCCGUCCAGCCUUCCUCACCAACCAAGCUCCCCUCUUCCGCUCCUAGGCCCACUCCCGCUCCAGCCGACCCCGACGCCUGCCCCAUCUGCCACCGCGAGCUCGGGUACGGUGAAUUCGUCGAGCUGCCCAAGACGAGCCAGGUCAUGCACCGCGAUUGUUUCCGGUGCGGAGGGUGCGAGGAGAGGUUGGGGACUGGGAAGUAUGUGGAGGCGGAGGGGAGGUGGUGGCAUCAGCAGUGCGCUCCGGCUCCGAAGCGCUACCGCACGAUCAUCACCUCUCUCGCCGAGCCAGACGCGACGUCCGAAGACGCCACCACGCCCGACCCGCCUCUCACCGCCGAACUCGACACCGACGACCCCGCCUGUUCCGGCUGCGGCCGCCCGCUCGGCUACGGGCAGAGCGUGACCAUCCCUCGGAGCGGCAAGUCGUUCCACACGGACUGCUUCUGCUGUGCGGGGUGUAGCGGAGCGUUAGGCACGCAGCGCGGAGAGAGGGGGUUUGUCGAAGUUGCGGGCUUGCCAUAUCAUCAGAAGUGCGCCCCUCCACCCGCCUCCCCCUCGCCCGCCAUCCUCGCCUCCCCCUUCUUCGCCUCCGACGCGCUCUCCUCCUCCCGCUCGACCCGUCUUCCCACCCUCCCCUCCUUCCCACCUAAACACGCCCCUCCUCCCUCCGCCCCUUCCAACCCUCGCGAACCCUCCAUCUUCUCCCGCCUUCGCCCGCCUCCGUCGAACCUCGGCGGCCACCUCCUCUGCGCGGGUUGUUCGUCGCGCGCAACGGAGAAAGAGCUGGUUUUGGGACCGAGGGGGAGGAGGUAUCAUAGGCAUUGUUUGAGGUGCGAGGGGUGUGCGAGGGGGUUGGAUAGUGAGUGUCGGGUUGGGGAGGAUGGGGGGUUGAGGUGUGAGGCGUGUAGGGUGAGUUUUGCUGGGCUUCUCUUGGAUGGCUGGGAAGAGAUGACGAGACUGGUUGCGCAGAAAACGGCGACGAAGCCGAAUUAUAGCGGCAACUUCACCUCCUCGACUCCCCUUGCCUCCUCCUCGCCCGUCUCUCCGCGUCGCUUCUAA